AUGAAUUUCGAAAGGUUAAUUACAGUGUUGUUACCUUCGUGAGCAAUGGACGGAGUUUAAAUACACAUUUCUUACUUUAUUUACAUUUAACAUGGAAUUUAAUACCAAACGAAUUCUAGUGCAUGGCAAAAGGAUAAAUUGAUUGAUAAUUUGUGUAGUUUGAUUGUUUACUUGUGACAAACUAUGAUCAUAAAUUUUAUUUGGAAUAUAAUCUAUUGUUGAGUCUGAUAAAUUGUUUUGUAUUUUUACGAAAGAAUGUGAAUGCAUGACCAGGCAAGCUGCUGAAAAUGGCAUCAUGCGCAAGUUUUAUGGAGUCUCCACUCGUUCUAUGGGUGGAGACUUUUGCAAAUGGAAGAUCUAUUGAGUUUCAAGAUCUCCAUGAUGGUAUUUUUCUGAACAAAGUGCUUCAACAAAUUGACAGUCGACCAGUCUAUGCCAAUGUCAAUGAUACUGUUGAUGAUAUGAACAGUAGAUUACAGAACUGGGAUAUACUGAUUCGAAAUAUCAAAUCAUUUUAUGUGGAUGUUUUGCAACAGAUACUGAUAGUAAAGCUACCAAACUUUCAACAGAUAUGUAAAGAACCAGAAAAAGAGGCCAGUUUUACAGAAAUUAAGAAGCUGUUGCUGUUAAUUUUGGGUUGUGCAAUACAAUGUGAUAAAAAAGAAAACUUUAUCGAUACUAUCAAAAGUCUGGAUGUACACGUCCAACAUGAAAUUGUGGAGCUUAUCAAAGAGGUGACAGAUGAUACAGAAUUCAUCAUGCACAUUGAACCAACAGAACAGUUAGAAACUUAUACAGAAAAGAUGUUCAACCACGUUACAAGACUUUUGAAAGAGAGAGACGAUUAUUUUGAGAUCCUUACAGAAUUGGCACAGGAGAGAGACUUCUAUCAGAAGCAGUCUCGAGGGAAUACUGCUUUACCUAUGACCCCUCCCACAAGUCCAGAGAAACAUCACAUGGUAGUAGAACUGGCUGAUUGUAAAGCGAAAAUUAGGAAACUUAGACAGGAAUUGGAAGAUAAGCAAGAAUUAAUUUCAGAUCUGCAGGUAGACCAAGAUGAUAAUAAAGGCAUUGUUUCCAAACUUAAAAAUGAGAAUGCUGCAUUAAUACAAGAUGCACGAGCUGCUAGACUGUUGAGAGAUGAGCUGGAUAUUUUGAGAGAAAAGGUAGCCCAGUCUAAUGCAUACCAAGCUGAGUUGACAAAGUGUAAAGAGAAAUUAAAUGAGUUGGAAUUUUACAAGUCCAGGGUCAAUGAACUUAGAGAGGAUAAUGCCAUACUGACAGAAACUAAGAACAUUUUAGAGGAGCAAUUGUCAACAAGUCAUAAGAGAGUAGAAACUGUGAUCGAGUUAGAAAAUGAACUGAUGAGAUAUAGACAACAAGUAGAAGAAAUGACAUUGGAACGAGAUGCUGACAGAGAAAAGAUCAAGAUUCUCACAGAAGACAAUGCACAGUUACAGUUUGAAAAGAAAUCUAACAUGAAUGAAAGUACAAAUUUGGAGCAUGAACUAGUAUCUGCAAGACUUAAAAUUUCUGGCAUUUGUGGCACUUUAUCUGAUCAAAUGGCAGAGACAACUAAUGCCAAAGUGCUAAGACUAGAUCUGGAGAACCAGAGAUUAAAGAAAAAAAUUGAAGAGCUGCGUGAAAGUUCUUUAAUUGAAAACACUUCUCUCAAUUUGGAACUUGAAAAAGAAAACCAAAGACUAGCUAAGAAAAUAGAAAAACUUCAGGGUUCUUCAAACGAUUCAUCUCAACAGUGCAUAGACUUAGAACAAAAUCUACAUGUAGCCGCAAGAGAAAGGGACAAUCUUGCUCAAACUCUCGAAACACUUAAGGAUAAUUACGAGAGACAAGUCAGAGAAUUAGAGGCUGAAAAUGAUAACCUCCAGCAGACAGUUCAUGUUAUAAGACAAAGAAAUGAGCAAACGAAUGAUACACGUCUGAAAGAAUUAGAAAAAGAAAAUAAACAAUUACACGAAACAGUGACGGCAAAAAAUCAAGUAACAUCAAAAUUAGAACAUGAAAAUAGACAAAUACAAAAAUCAUUUUCUAAAUUAAAAUUAAACUCUGAUCACAUAAAUGAAUUAGAAACAGAAAAUUCACAAUUUGAAAAAGAGAAUUCAGAAUUACGUAAGAGUAUAGCAACUCUCCAGUUGACAUGUGAUAAAAGUGAGGUGUUAGAGCAAGAAAACUCUGAUUUGGAAGUAGAGAACAGAAAGUUACAAAAAUCUGUUCAGACACUGAAGUCUGCAUUACAGAAAAAGGAAAAUUUAGAACAAGAAAAUAUUAAUCUGACAGUUGAAAAUAAAAAGUUAGAAAGAUCAUUACACUCUAUGAAAAGUGCUUCUUCAAGGAUAGCUGAAUUAGAAAGUGAAAAAGAUUCAAUGAACAGGGAAAUACAACAGCUUAGGAAAAGUCUGGAAAAUCAGAAAAAUCAGAGGACGAAACAAGAACAGAUGGAAUUAGAUCUGUUAGAUCUGGAUAAUGAAAAUCAGAGAAUUCAGAAAUCUCUAGAGGUAACCACAAAACGUCUGAAUCAGUUAGAGAAAGACAAUACUGAUUUAGAGGUAGAAAAUGAAAAGUUACAAAAAACAAUGGAAGAAAUGAAAAUGUCUAGUAAGCGAUUGCAUAAUGUGGAAAAGGAAAGUUCAGAACUUGAAAAUGAAGUUAGUAAGUUACAAACUACUAAAGCAGUGCUAGAAAAGGAAAACAAAAGACUGAAGCAGUCAGUACAGUUAAAAGAUACUACUGUGGAUGAACUGACUACAAAGUGUAAUAUAAUGGAAAGAGAACAUCGUAGUGUCAAACGGACGUUAGAAACAUCUAAAGAAACAUCUUCAAAGUUACAUGAAUUUGAAAGAGAAAAUAGAGAGAUAUUACAACAGUCAAAUAUUAAUAAGAAAACCAUAGCAACACUCAGAGAGGAAUUGGUUAAUGAAAAGAUUAAAAGCCAGCAGUUAAGCAAUGAACUAGAAAAGUUGAAUGGAGAGUUAGAAAGAGUUGGUAUCAACAAGGAAAAGUUGGUGAUGGCUGAACACUCACAAGAUGAUAAUCGGUACAAAGCCUUAGAGAACAUGAUGGAAGAAGCAUUGGUGAAGAACAUGGAAAUCAAAGAGGACAAAAUUUUGUCUUUACAGAGCAGGCUGGAUGAAUCAAAAAACAGAAAUGUCAGACUGCAGGAAGAACUUAGAAUUCUGAAGAGAGAGUGUGAAUCCUUGAAGCAAAGAUAUGAGGAAGAAUCGGUUGGAAGUGAGAGGCAUGGGACCAAAGUAAACUUCCAUGGACCAUUAGGUGCACUGAGGAAUACACAUGUGUCACAAAAUAAUCCAACCAAGGAUAUAUUAGACCUUAAAGAUCAUUUAGUCAAUUUAGAAAGAACGAAUGCCACAUUAAUGACAGAGAAUAAAAACAUGAAGUCACAUACAGAUUCACUGAAUCAACAGAUACAGAAACUUGACAGACAUAAUUCUCAGUUACAGUCACAAACAGUCUCACUCCAAGAUCAUAACUCGUCAUUUCAGUCACAAAUUGCCAAGUUACAAGUAGAAUAUUCUACUUUACAAGCUCAGUGUUCCUCACUUCAGGGUCAGUGUCAGAUUCUUCAGAAUCAAUUAAAUCGUGUGGAGUCAGAACACCAACAUUUGAUACAAACACAUGAAGAGUUGCAGACGACACAUGAACAGCUUGUGGGUGAUCAUGAAGACCUUCAGAGAUUACAUGAGCAAUUGUCUAGUGAACAUGAAGCCUUGAUAUCACAACAUGGUUCACUUAAAUCUUUACACAAAUCGUUGAAAAAUGAAAAUCGUGAAUUGACAAUACGAUUGCAGGAAAGAAAUGGCAAUUCAUAUGGAAUGUCUGUGCAGGAGAAGGAAAAAAUAAACGCUGAUUUGCAGUCGUUCGAAAGUUUAAAAAUGGAAUAUAAUCACAUGAGAGAAAAACAUGAAAUUGUGUAUAAUCAACAUGAAAAAAUAAGAAAGGAUUAUUUAGAUUUAUCUAAGGAACAUAAACAGUUAAAAACAGAUUAUAAUAGUUUACGUGGCAAUUGUGAUGAUUAUAAGAAUCAGUUACAUGAGAUGGAAUUAGAACUCAGUAAUCUGGGGAAUAAGUAUGAUUCAUUGUACCAAGCAAACCAGAAAAUGGAAGAUGAUAAUAAAAACUUGUUGAUGCAGGUUCAGGCAUUGCUCAAUACAAACUCUGAUUUAUUAACACAAAUAAUUAACAGUAAAGACACCAUUGCUGAGGAACAGAAGUCUUACUUGGAAAGACUGAGUGAUCUGAGAAGACAGAAAGAAAGAUUAGAAGAGAAAAUAAUGGAAGCAUAUAAGAGACAAGAAACACAGAAAAAAAAUAAAGGUUUGGGAGCCAGAAUUGCCAGGAAAGCUGCAAAGAUAUUUGUGUCAAAGAACACAAGAAGUAAGAGUAGAAACAACCUGACAGAUCUGAGUGCUGACAAUACUUCACAUGGAUCUAAUGAAAUUACGGAAAAUGGGGACUCAGCUAAAAAAUCAGACUUGAGGAAGAGGAGUAAUAGUGCAGACAACUUAUUAGAUACAUCGAGCUUUGCCACACAUAAAACCUUUGCAAAAUCAACAACUGCAUUGCACAUGCUCAGUGGUGGUAGUGGUGAUUAUGAUAAUUCAUUGAGAGGCUCAAAAUCUACAGAAGACCUUCUUGCAGCUGGCUCUCCUAGUUUGUUGCCAGGAUUGGGUCGUCCAGCUAACCUUGGUGAUGAUGAAGAUGAUGAUGGAGGGUUUGGUAACAGGAGUGAAAACAACAAUGAAAUGUUAACACUUGAGCAGUUCCUCUCAGAGAGCAGUAAAACAUCCAAUCACAGUCGGGGUAAUAAGUCAGAAAAUCGUGAAGAUUUGGAAUCUAAAAGUAGUGAAAAUUCUUCAGAAAAUAGUGUAAAUCGACGAAGGAGACAAGCACCUAAUCCGCCAUCAGAUAAUAGGAUUUCUAUACCCGAUGUUGUGUCACAAUCUCAGAUAGAAUUAAACCUAUCAAGAAUGUCUCGUAUAUCUGCAGGGAGCAGUGGAAGUGGGUAUGAGAGUCGACCUGAUAGUUUGGAUCAGUCGACUCCUCCUCAAUCUAAACGUGAUCAUCCAGAGACAUCCACUCCGGCUUACAAUAAUAUUAAUAACAAUAUAAGGAAGUUUGAGGAAGCAGGGUAUUCUCCCCUUGUUAAACCAGACUUUAGAAAACAUUCAUUGGGAUCGACCCCCUCUACUGCGUCAAGAACAUUACAGUAUGUAUAUCCAUCACCAUCACCGUAUAAAUCUCCGCAGAAUCGUGAGUUACCACCUACACCAAAUGACACACCUUCAGAUCGACUGGACCGUUUGGCGGGAUUUUCACAGUCACAUAACUCUUCAAAUUCAUCUAGUCUUUAUAGUAAUAAUCAGGACAGUUCAGUUCAGUAUGACCAGUCCAUUAGGUCUGGUCCUACGUCUCGGUAUAGAUCAGGGUCACCUGUACGUAGCAAUCAGACAUUCUCACCAGGUGUUCAACCAGGGAGACCACCCUCUGCCGCAUCACAUCACAAUUCAUCUCCACAAACAAAUGGACAAUUACCUCCAAGUGGACAAUUAUUAAGAGGUCAGUCAUUAAAUCGACCACAAACAUUUCAUGAAUCACAACAAAACAAUAUUUAUUUCAGUAUUGAUGACAAUAAACAAAAUGAAAACCGUCCGGAAAAUCAUUAUGCUCGUGUGCAGCGUAUUGAACGUCCAAAGUCUGUGCCUCCUAAUAUGUUUGAAGCCCUUCAAAAUCAGGAUAACAUAAACAAUAGACCCAAAGACAUGCAUAAUGUUAGUAAAGGGACACCACCCAAACCGCCACCAAGACGAAGUAGAGAACCACCCUUAACAACUGGACGUGUUAGUUUGCUAAGAGAACCAGGAGCCAAUCGUUCUGGUGGGCGUCAAUUACCUCAGACAGAUACCUAUCGUUCAUCAACACCCACAUUACGGAAAGACACGCCUCCUCGCCAAGUACCGGUAAAUGAAGAACCACCAAAAGACCCAAAAGCUAACUCUGUUUGGUAUGAAUAUGGCUGUGUAUAAUUUAUUAGUAUUAUUGUUAAAAUGAAAUCAAAUAUUGAUUAUUAAAUAAUAUUUAUCUGUUAGAUUUUUCAAAAUUUAGCAAAAUAUUUGCUUUUUAAUGUUAGUUAUUUAUUUGUUGAUUCGCAACCUCAUAGUUCUACCUCACUUAUUUAGUGAAUUUAUAAAGUCAAAACUUGUUUGAUUGUGCAUUAUCUGAAAAUUGAUGGGCCUGUCAGUGUUUUUAAAUAAUAUGAAACUUGGUCAAGGAAAUUGGCUAGACUGUUUUUCCCAACUGUCAUUAGAUACCAGAUGUAAAAAAUAAUUAAAUUAUUAAAUUAUACUUUUUUUUUAAAUAUUGAAGAAACUUGAUUACAUUUAAUCUUAACCAUAAGUUGUUCAAUUCUAUUUGAUACACAUGCAUUUCAGCAUCAUGGUUAUAAAACUAGGUGAACAUUUUAAUGGCAUGCUUUUCAAGAUAUUGAUUUGGCAUGCUUCGCAUGUUUUAGCUGGUGUACUAGCCUUUGAUAAGAGAUGGGUUUAGGUUGUUAGCAUGUGAUACUGUUAUUGGUAUUUAACACCUUCUCUGUUCAGCGUAGUCUGUUGCUAGAUUUGGAGUUGUUUGGAAAAUUUAUUUUUGUAUUAUCUUUAGUUGAUAUUUUAAUUUCUUGUGAAUUGGUGUAGAACUUUGAUUUAUUAAGACCCAAAUUGUUAAGAUACCUUCUAAAAAGAAAUUUGUUUAUAUAAAGUAGAAUAAAAUAUUUGUUAAAGAAAUAGGAAAUUUAUACAUUACAAUUAUCUAAAAAAGCAAAAAGAAAAAUAUGACAGAUUUAAUUGAAUUAAUGGGAAAGGGGACAGGGUAUAAUAUUUGAUGCAUCAUGGGACAGAAAGCUCAGUUAGCAUAGGUAAAAUUAUAACUAUUGCAUUGUGGGAAAGUAAAUAAAGAUAGUGUAGGUAGAUUUAUAACUGUUGCAUUGUGGGAAGGUGAAUGAGAUACAGUAGAUGGUAACUGUUGUAUUUUUCUUAUUUAACAGGAGAUGAUGCAUGGUGACAAGGAAUGGUGUUGUGAAGAUUCACUGCUGACCAAAGACUCUGUAGUGUUAACACGCUUCAUUUCCUCUCUGUUUUAAUACUCAUACUAGUCCCCUUUAUCUUACGUCAUGACGGUAGUAUCAUACAUAGAUUCUGUACCUUUGACAUUGUAUUUUCUAUCUUUUAAAAUUUACUGUGAAAGCAUACACCUUUUGCAGAAAGAAGUACUAUUAUUUCUGAAAUUGUUGCAAUGUUUUUAUUAAUGCGAAAAAUGCAACAAAUAAUUUAAACUCACAUUUUGAAAUUGUUUACAUGAAUUUAACUUGAUUUUUUCAAUAUUGAAAAAAUUACAAUCACACUAUAGUCUAUAAUGGAAAAAUUGCAAUAAUAUAUACAUGCAAUAAUUUCCCUAUUUAUAGUAUGUUACUGUACUUUUGACAUUGUAUUUCUUUCUUAAAAAAUAACCGUGAAAGCUUUAUACUUAGAAACGCUUUACAGAAAGUAGUAUGUUAGUAUUAAAACAGAUGCUGUAUCUUUUUAACACCAUUUGGUUGUCAGUAUGUAUCUCUCAUCCUCAGUGCUUUGUUAAUAACAGUGCUUUACAUCAGAGAAAAGACAUAGGAGCUUUAUAUCUAUCUCCUCCUUAUAUUAUGUAAUGAAAAUAACCUUAGAAAUUAACCAAAGCUCAAAUUCAUUAACCAUUUAUGCUUUAUGUCUCAAAGCUGCAUGAUAUCCUGAAAUCUGUCCUUUAUUCCCUGUCUCACUAUUUUCCGUCCUUUAUCUACUUUUGUCUCACUCAAGCAUAGUUAAGCAUGAUGCAGUGAUCUCAUCGCACACCUUUCCAUUGGUUCACAAAAGCAAUAUUUUACAUUUUGAUAGAUUAUUGAAUGUUGUUACAUUUCAUUGCAUGCAUAUAGUACAGAUUUCAGGAAAUACUUUGAAUUGGUAUAUAUUUCAUAUAAAUGAAUGUAUAAACAAUGUUAUCCUGAUUUAUAUUUUCAAUAGCAAAUUUUAUGAUUCUAAAAGCGACAACAAGCCUUUUUGUUUUCAUUGAAGUGGGAGCAAAAUGUUGAAGAAAAUCUUGUUCCUUAUUCAUAAAUGGUUGGAUGGUAGUAAUUACAUAAAUGAUUUAGACUCUUGUUUUGUUUCAUGAGAAAUAUAAAAUUUUAUUCAAAAAUAAACAUUGAAGAGAUAUUAAAUUCUACAUUAGAAACUUGUAUCUUGUUUAAAUAUUUAAACCUAUCUCCAUCUUGAUAAAAAGAGAGAAGAAAGGGAAAAUUGGGAAAGAAUUUGAAGGAAUUGUUUUUGAAUUACAAACAUAAAAGAUAAUGCAGCUAUGUUGUCUGGUAUUUUCACAUUUGACCACAAAUUGAUACACCCAAACUUGGUUAUGGCCCCUUAUCCUUACAAAACCAUCAUUUCUUAAUUGCACAUUUGACAGAUCUAUUCAUUUAUUGCACCAUAAUUAAUUGGAUCAUAAUUUUAAAUUUGCUGUUUACAUGGAUAUAUUUAAAGAACCUUAUUUUUGCAAAGCAACAAAUCAGAAAUAACAAAUUCGUCAUGUGACAACAUCCAUGUAAACAGCACAAAGUCAUGUGAUAUGUAAAUUACUUCAUUCCAUUUUAUGUACAGCAUUCCAUAUGUUACACAGUAUUUAUUAUAUUUAUAUAUUUCCAUUGUGAGGCUUUCAUUGUCGAUUGAAAGUGCCUUAUUGAUUUUAUUUUUUGAUGAACUUUAGCAUGAUUCCGUCCUGUUGAUGGUCUAGUCCCAUAGGUGCUUGUAGAUGGCAUUUUACACAUAUCAUUUGAACUGGAGAAGCUCUUGUUUCAUUUUUCAUACCAUAGAAAGCCUUCAAUGAUCUUUUCUUUUUGGAGUCAUUUCUCUUAAUAAAGUACUUUAGCUGUUAAAAUGAAAAAUAGCUUAAUUUAUGUAAAUGGUCAAAUUUUACCUGAGUUCUAUCUAAAUAGAUUGAUUUUCAAGGCUGAUUUUUUUAAAAGCUCUUCAAAAAAUUAUAAUUUGACGCCUUGUUAGUAGAAAAUUGUUUGAUUAAUGGCUCUUGCUGUUAAUUCCGAUAAAGUUUAAAUGCACAUAAAAAUAAUUGACUUGUUUUUUUUGCAAAAAAGAGUCAUUAGCCUUAUUUGAGAACCUGUUUUAGGGUGAAAAAUAUUAAUCCUGCUAAGAUAUAUUUUAAAUGUUAUAUAACAGGUCAUGAAGGUUGCUCAACGCAUCAUAAUUCACUGUGUCAAUGCAUAUUUUCUUUAAUUUAGUGAAAAUGCAUUUGCAAGUAUAUUGUCCGAUAUCUAGUUUCCUUCAUAUUUAAAUAAUUGUAUAAGGCUCAAACCAAAAGAAUAAAAUUUUAGUUUAAACAGUAUUUGUUAUUGGAGAAUUAUAAAAGUGCAGUUAAGUACAUUGUACUUAAAAUUCAGAAACAAGUUUAAAAAAACUUUUUAAGUCUGUCACCCUCAAAUAUAUUUUAAGUCACAUUUACAAAAUUAACUUGUAUAAGAGAUCUCCAGUUCAAACAUUUGUUGCUGUAGUAGUACGUACAUACUUUCCCUUCUAUGCCUUGUUGAAAAUAUAGAUGGCCAUCAUAAAUGUGUAUUUUUGUAAUUGGUAAAUAAAUGUGUGGUUGUGAUGAUGUUGAACAGAAAAUAGUGUGUAGAGAGCAUUUCUUUAUGUAAAGGGUGCUGUUAUUGUUGCAUUUACUUUCUUCUUGUACCUAAAGAUGAGAGUAUCUAUGAAUAGAUUAUUUUUUUGUGAUGACUGUGUAGUGUAUUUUGUACAUGUGGUGAUCAUGUGACUUAGGUACUAUUGUACCAGACAAAACCAUGUGAUUUUUAUAAGUGUUCAUGCAUUUGUUAUUAAUGGCUUUAUCACCUCAUUUGUAUAUUAAAACAAAUAAACAAACAACACUU